GUUGGUUAUAACCACAUUAUAAGAUAUAUAUUGGUGAGGUUUGAUUUUGAUAUCAUUCAAUUCAACGAUUGAUAACUUCAUGGCUUUGAUAGAAACUGAUACUGAUGGUAGCUGCAAAUUGAACGGGCCGUCGACAAUUUACGGUAGGAUUGGCACAAGAAGACAAGGCAAGACAGGCAUAACCGGUAAAAUGCAGCCCAAAGACACGGAAUAUUCAACAGAUGGGUUACCCAAAGCCUUUUUACACAGUCUGAGGACACUCUUUGACAUCCUUGAUGAUGGGAAGAGAGGAUAUGUGCACAUAUCGGAGAUUGAGAGUAGAUGGCAAGGGGCAGAUACUCAUGAUUUGUCCGGCGGGGUUCUGGAGUGUCUGAGGCUGGUGGCCCCACCUCAUGGCUGCCUGACAUUUGAGCGCUUCGUGGCGGGGCUGCGAUACUCCAUGCCGAAAGCGGACAACAACAACCACAUAAAGGCUCAGGUUUCCCUGCACCCGAAACAAGCACUCCUGCACUCCAAACGGCACCAUAUGCCAGCGCAAAAACCUGCCCCGCUCUCUACCUGCUCUGUCGGAACUCUGAUUGAAAACAAAGUUCGCCCACUGGGUCCAAGCAAUGGGACAAAUACGCAUCACAAACGCGCGUCCUCACUUCAGAGUCGGUCCAGACAUAAUGAGGGGAAAACUGGACACCCACCAGUCACCUCGGUCGUAGGGGGUCCCAUGCGUUACACCAAUACGGGUUAUGAGAGAACAGGCAGAAGUUUGGAACGGAUAACCAUUGUGCCCGAAAGCGGUUCAUAUCGAGCGGAUUCGGUUCGGAUGGGGAAGCAGACGCAUCCACAGAAGAGUCGGGUGAGGUCCACAGAGUCCCUUGCUUUCGAGUCGUCAAGUCUCCAAAAACCAAGUAUUGUGGAGGCUGGGUUACCGAGGUCCCAGAGUGAGUCAGCCACGGGAUUCACUGUCUCCAGACGCCAUGGGCGGAGCCGAGAUGAGCAGAGACGCCACACCAUCACCAACGGGGUGGAUUAUGUAAUGCUGAAGCAGAUGAAGGAGUUGGAGCAGGAGAAGGACUCUCUGCUGGCCGGUCUGGGCGUGGUGGAGCGGGCUAGAGAGUGGUACCAGACUCAGAUCCACAACGUCACCGAGAGACAGAGACACGUGGGCCAAAGCAACCACUGCACGGAUUCCUUCGCAGAAUCCCAGAAUCAAAGUCACAGGAAUGUUCUGCUUCCCAAGCUGCAGGAAGUCAACCGUUGCCUUAAUGACCUAAUUUCCUGCUCUGGAGUGCAGUCUUUCCCAUCCUCCAGCUCCCAGCCCACAGUGAUCUCCUCCAGCUCCCAGCCUCCUGCCCCCCCACAAGCCAUUCAGAGACUAAAGGACCAGAACCGCCUUCUCACCCAGGAGGUGACAGAUAAGGGUAAGCGCAUCACUCAGCUGGAGCAGGAGAAGUCUGCUCUGAUCAAACAGCUGUUUGAGGCUUGCGCCCGGAGCACGCAUGACAGCAGCACCAUGGACUCCACCUUCAUCUGAAUACAGACACCAUAAUACAACCACACUGGGCUCCAGCUCUAUCUGACCCCCCUUCCUGUAGCACUCCUACUGGAUUCCACACUCAACUCACCACUUCUGUCAUGAUGAAAGCACCUUGAACUUUUUACCCCGCAUUGUACCACUCCUUUUGGAUCUCCCCAACUGACCACUCCACUUAAAAUGGCCUGCACACUAAUCUGGGAUGGCCACUCCUUGAGGGGAGGGACCCCCGAGUCAACCCUCCUAUAAUAAAGUCAGCCUCGCCCACUGGGCAAAAAUCCAGGAACACCACAGUCUUACCACUCCUAACUGGGGCCUUCCCAGGAUUCCACUCCCACUUGAUCACUCCAAGGAUCUACUGUGAUGCACUAGGAUCCUACCUUAUUGGACCAGCCUUUAUGUUUACCCUCCCUCUCAUCACAGUAUAUCCUAUGUGAUUGGACAUCAUGGACUACAUUUAAAACCGCUACAGGGAGCUACAGGAUCCAUCCCUGACAAUCACCAUGACAACAGCUGCUGUACAAAAUACAUUUGUUAGAGGGACUUCCGGACCGAUACACACACCACACUAAAAAUGUAGAUUUUUUUUUAAAUGAAAAAGUUGAUGUGCUGUGAUCUACCAUUCCAACACAAUGUUGUUAACCAUUUAAUCCAGAGACUUUGAUCCCGGUCACACAUUGGUCGAUAUUUCUCCCCUUCUAUUCCAACACACCCAGUUGUGUACCUCAAACCUUCAUUGAAAUGGUUGAUAUGAUGAGAAGCUGAGCUCUCCUGACCUGGAGGGCACAAUGACUGUGCAGCAUCGCAUGUAUGUCUCUCUAAGUGCCCUUUAAGUGACGCACCAGUAUAUAUAACCUAUUGCCCACCAUUUUAGAAGCAGAGCAGCGUGUAAAUGUCCCAUUUUGUUUCCCUUAAAGUGAAUGUAUAUUGAGAACACCAAAAGGUCCUACAAGCCAAGGGGAUCGAGUAGUGGAGAGGGUAAGAGAGAGGUUUGCACGUAGAAGAGACUUGAAGAUGAGAAGGAUUGGUAUAUAUUGAAUGUGCAUUGAGCCCUGGUCCUCAGUGGCAGUGUGACCACUGGAGCAGGGCGUGGCUCAGAGAAUAGGGCUGUUGUGUUGGCUAGUGGAAUUAAAGUGACUCCUUGGUUAAUAGGCCUCUAAUGUAAUGAUUCAUGCAAGACUGGUUUUAUCGUGCCACUUCUCCUCUGUGGUGUCCUGGAGCCUUUGUGUAAAAAAAAAGAAAAAAGAAUGAGUGAUACCACUUUCUGUUCGUCCUGUACUAACAUGGUAUGUGAGACUUGGUUCCCUGAGAGGUGAACACCAAGUACAGGUGCAACCGCUCUUUACUGCUAUUCUUCAUAAUGGUCCCACUAAUGCAGGAUAAUAAACCACAUUUUUUUAGUGGCUGUAGAUUGCUAUGUAACGCAGCUAUGUGAUGAUGUUGCAGUGCAACUUGUAUUAGGUACUGUCGUGAUGUCUGCAUACCAAUACUCUCUGCUGUGACUGACUGCCUGUCUGUCUCUCCUGUUUGAUUGUAUGUCUUUGGUCUCCUUAUUAUCUCGCUGCACAUGAGUAUAUGCCACCCUAUCCUUUCCUAUUUCAAUUGAAGUAUUCCCACUUGACUGUAAAAUAAACACCAAAAGGUGCCAAUAAGGUCAUACUAUCGAUCAGCCACCUUUUCAUCUAUUUUGUGGUGUUUUACCUUGUGAUUCAUUUAGCCUUGCUUUUUCAUUCCAUUGUAUUCCAGGGUUGAUCCAGAUGAGGGUCAUCAGUAGUAGGGUGGUUUUAACAUGUUAUAUUAGCAUCUUGUUGAACAAAGUUGACUUGAUUUAGAAAGCAGUCACCUCUAUGCAGGUGGAUGUUAUGGGUCAGGAUGUUGACUGAACAGCUUUUGGGUGCAGGGUGCCUCCAAGUCGGGUUUUGCAUGUUUUUCAACCAGAAUCUUACAAACUCUGGGUUGCAGACUGAGUAGAUGAAUUGAAGUUUAUGAACAUUGAUAACGAAAUUCUCAUAACAGCAUGGCACAGUUGGGAGCUUAUAAACUUAUAUUACUUCUAAACAACCUCUUUUCCAGUAUAGCAGAUAUUUAGAAAGUGAAGGAAAAUAUAAAUAAUUCUUACUUUGGUUAAAAAAGGUUUAUACAGACAGCAAACUGGGCAAAUAUUUCACAUUUGGAUUCAUAUUUGUUGUUGUCAGCAAACAUGAAUUAAAUUUAAAAAUCAACCAAACAGUAAAACCCUCUUGUUGAUUUGUGGUUGAAACCGGUGUUAAAUUUAAACCAUUUCUUCAACAUCAAUCAAAGAGCCAUAUUUGACGCGGUGUUUACGUUGUGGGGAACAACAAUGUGCGGGGUGUCUAUGGAAAAAUGUUGCAUCUUAUUAAAACUGUUGAUACACAAACGUCUCAAUGAGAAAGUGUGUAGGAGGACAGGUAUUCGAGGACGUGUAGCUUUGUCUUGAACCAGGCUUCCCUAAAACAGGUGUGACAACGACGUGAUUUUGGAGGUAUGGCAACGCGGGACUAGGUGGCGGGUAGUAGUGCUCAUGUGUGGAGAGAAAGAAGACUCUUGUUUAUCUGGAUAGAAUUACUGAUACAUUUGCAUCUGAUACUCAUUCUUCCUCUUCUUUUGUAAAACUCUUUUUGUCGGUGGCUGCCAGUAAAUAGCACCAUUAGAUUAUCACACACAUAUAAUAGCGCUUAACUAGUUGACUGUUUUUUUUUCUUCAAUUGGUUCUUUCUGAUCAAAUAAAAAAGCAACCCGUGCCAAGUUGAUGGACAGGUUGAAAUGAA